AUGGAUCAAUCAAUUACUGAUCAUUCUCAAACUGGACCUUCUCCAAUGUUUAAUUACAUUCCUCCUUCAGUACCUCCUGUAUCUACACUAAAUCAACAACAACCACAAUCACAAACAUUCAUAACACCACAACAUUCAUCAAAUGUUCAAUAUCCUCCAACAGCUCCCAACUCAUCAGAUGGUGAUACAUCAGCAACAAAUUUUAAUGCUCAACAACAACAGCAAAUGGCAGCUAUGAUGCAAAUGCAUCAACCAUGGGCUGCUGGUGGUGGUUUUCCUUCACCUUAUAUGAUGCCAUAUCCACCUGGAAUGAUGAUGAUGCCACCACAAGCUGGUUCAGAUCGACCAGGAUCACGUCAAUCAUCUCGUCCACCAUCUCGACAAAAUGCUACAGCUUCAGUAUCAUCAUCAAGAUCAUUAGUAAAUGGUCAAACAGGUGGUCAAACACCAGCAGUAUCUGGACAAGGAAUGUUACCAAUGCAAGGCUAUCCUGGAUUUAUGCCACCAGGAAUGUAUAAUCCAUGGUUUGAUCCAUAUUGGCAAUCAAUGUAUGCUGGUUAUGCAAAUCCAUAUAGUUUCGGAUAUACAGAUGAAAUGGUGAAAUAUUGGAGACAAAUGUCACAAACAGAUGAUGAUAGAUAUAGUCAUCAUUCAGCUGCAUAUUCACAAUCGAAACAAUCACAACACAGUUCAUCCAUGCAAACAUGGGGGUCGGUUGAUUCACUCAAUGAUCCGUAUUAUCAAAAUCAUAAUGCUUUUUUUAAUGGAUAUCCAACUAACAAGCCAUCAGUUCCAAAUCAAGCUAAACGACCAACAAAAACGACUACAGAUCCAAAUACACUUUUAACCACUGCAACUAUUCCAAAUCAACAAAUAACAUCAGUUGAAUCAAAAACAAAAACAAUUCCGGCACAAGAAAAUGGUGAAAACGAAGAAGGAGAUGAAGAUGAAGAUGAAGAUGAUGACGACGAUGAUGAUGAUGAUGAAAAUGAAGAAGAUUCGGAUGAUGCAAGUAGUGAUCGUUUUAGUAUCAAAUCUGAUUUAGCACAAGUUAAUGAAGAAUUUUCAAAAGCACGACGAACACCACUGUUAUUUAUUCGACCACAUUUACGAGCUAAAUUUGCUUUUGAUCAACUUAUUCAAGUCUUACCACAAUCACCGAGUGAUACAAAUCAACCGGCAACUGUAGAAAUUAUAUCUGCAAAUAGUUUACAUUCAAUGGCACCAUCGUUAGUCGAAGAACGACAAUUAAUGUCUGAUUUUAUUGGUCCUUUAACUGCAUCAACAGCAAAAUCAAAUGUUAUUCGAUAUUGCGAACGUCAAUCACAAUUAGCUAAUAAAUCCAUUCAUAUUAUUGAUCGUGAUGCUUUAUCGAUAAUUUGGCAAUAUAUGGCAUUACUUGUUAAAAAUAAUGGGGUUAUUGAUGUUCGUGUUGACAUUCCAAAAAUUCUUUGGUCAUCAAAUAAUACAUCGACUAUUGAAGAAUCAUCAUCACAUAAUAAUAAUACAUCAUUAUCAUCAGCAACAUUAGAAAAUUCAUUAAGAGAAUUUCUUGCACUUGGUGAAAUUGAUACAAGUAUUAAAUUUGCUUGUGAAAAUCAAUUUUAUACUCAUGCACUGAUUAUUUCAUAUUUAACCGAUAAACAAUUAUUUGAAAAAACAAUACAUAAUAUUAUAUCAAAUCUUGAUAAUGGCGACGUAUUGAAAACAUUUUAUGAAUUAGGAGCUGGUUCAACACCAUCUGUUGUUACUAAUGUUACCAAAGCACAUUAUGGUGAUUGGAAACGCCAUUUAGCCGUUAUGUUAGCUAAUCGUACGGAUACAAAUGCACAAUUUGUUGAUCUUUGUAUUAAAACAAUGGGCGAUACAUUUAUAACAUCUGGUCGUAUAUAUGCUGGUCAUUUUUGUUAUUUAAUUGCUAAUGUUCCAUUUGGUUCAUAUCGAAAUAAUGCCGAUAAAAUAGCUGUUAUUGGCAGUAUUCAUGCAGGUCAAUCAAAUCUUUCAUUUGCAACAAUUCCAAAUUUACAAUUAACUGAAAUUUAUGAAUAUGCAUUAAGAAAAUGUUUAACAACAUUUAUUCCAUUGAAAAUAUAUUAUACAUCAAAAUUAGUUCUACAUGGUUUGAAAAGAGAAGCAUUAGCUUAUUGUGAAGAAAUUGGACAAACACUUAUUCGACAAGGAAAUACUUCAUAUAUUCAAUUAGUUGAUUUACAAUUAUUUAUACUUAUUGCAGAAAAAUCCCGAGCUUUCAAUCGAAAUUUUCAACUUGAUCCGAUGUCGUAUAAAGAACCAACAUGGUUAAUUGAAUUAAGACGUACUAUUCAAAGUUUAAUUGAUAAUGCAUUCUUAAAUAAAACAGUACGUGAUGAUUCAUUGAAUUCAUCUAUACAACAAAUCAAUCGAGAAGAGAAUAAAUUACAACAACAAACAAAUCUUUCGACUCAUACAGAUAGACAAACAUCAAAUAGCAAGCGAAAAACUGAACAUAUAAAAACUACUGUACCUUCAUCAUCUGCAACUUUUCCACCUGUAACAAAUACAAAUGGUUUAAAUGGUCAUGAUCUAUCAAAUCAAGCUACAACUGAACAAAUACCUUAUUCUAAUCCAGCUUCAACAAAUUAUCAAAAUACUCUUUCAGUUGAUACAAAUGUUCAUUAUACAUCACAAGUUCCAACAAAUUAUUAUCAACCAACAUCACAGCAACAAUACUAUUCGUCUGAUUCUCAACAAACAGAAAUAAAUAAUUAUUCACAACAAUGGCCUCAAUCACAGCAGCAACAACAAGCAAUUCCAACUCAAUCGGAUAUUCUAAAUUCAACAACACAAAUUCCUUCGACAAAUAAUUCAUUUUAUCAACCUCCAAUGGAUCAAUCACCAUAUAUUCAACCAGGUUUUACGAGUACACCAAAUUCUUAUUCAUCUCAACAACAACAACAACAACAACAACAACAGCAACAAUGGUAUCCAUCUGGACAAAUUGAACAACGCGAACGUUUACCAUCAAAUGAGCAACAACAGUUGGAAUCAGUGAGACGUCGUUCAUCGAUUAUAACAUUUAAUCAAACAGAUGAUGUAUUACCAUCAAAUCGACCAUUACAAUCGACAAUAGAUAAUAGAAAAACAUCUUCGACAUCGACUCAAUCAAAUACUAGUAGUCAUAGCCAGAAAACUCAUUCCGAUACGGCUAAUUUUCCUUAUCAACCACCACAAUUAAUGCGUUAUGCAACGAAUCAAACAUCAUCAAUUACUGAAGAACCACAACAACCACAGCAUGCAAGUACACAAGUUAAAAAGAAACAUGCUAUUUUUGAUGAUAGUGAUGAUGUUUUCCCUAAUAAUCAACAAAACUCAUCAGAUAAUAAAUCAAAUAAAACUACAUCAGCAACAGCACAUCAAACAGCUCAAAGUGGGCAAAAAACUGGUAUAGUUGGAAGUCUUUUUAAUCGUCUCGGUUGGAAACGACCAACACAAGCGCAUUUACCUGAUGAUAAAAAGAAAACACUCCAAUAUGACCAACAGACAGGUCGUUGGAUUGAUACAUCAAAAUCAGCUGAUGAACAAGCAUCAACACAAAUUCAACCACCUCCAAUGAUAUCAUCAAACAAAACAUCAUCUUCAUUUGUAACUAAUCCGCCACAACAACAGCCGCAACAACCAUCAUCGUCAUCAACAUAUAAUCCAUCAAUACCAUCUGGACCUUCUCAUUCAUCUCAACCUCGAACAUUAAGUUUCGCUGCUGGAUCAACUACAACAACCACCAGUACGGCAGCACCUCAGACUACAACUGCAGCUUGGCCUCCACAAUCAAAUACUAAUGCCGCACCUACAACCACUCAACCACCGCAACAACAACAACAACAACAACAAAAGCCUCCUGCACAACUAUCAGCUGCUCAACAACGUCUUCAAGCACUCAAACAGCAACAACAACAAACGGCUAUGCAACAGGCUCAAGCUCCGCCAGCUACUUCAUCUAAUCAAUAUUCUCUUAGAAGUCGUCAAAAUCAAUCCCGUUAUGUUGAUGUUCUUGCUUCAAAAGGUGCUGUUGCACCAAGUCCUAAUGUUUCACUCAAUGAUCUUAUACCAACACCGUCAACAGGUAUGCCAACUUUGGCAUCAUCAAACCAACCAAAUAAUUACUUCGUACCAGGUCCCUCACAAUCGACACCUGACAGUCAUGAACAAUCAUCAUUUUCAUCUUGA